CGUCCAUGAAAGCAGACCAUUAACGCGUUUUUCACUAUGGCAUCGUCGCAGGUUGCCUCUCCCGUUCUUCCAGCAUCUCGCACAAAGCUCGUCGACGCCGACGUCACGAGUCUUACCACGUUCAAUCCCUUUUCAGAAGAAGAUGAGAAUGAUCAAUCGUCUUAUACUCUAGUUACUUCACUCUUUUCAAAGGUUAAGAACUCCUUUUCUACUCCUCUAUCUGCCGUUACAGCAACACAGACACUUACUGGCAACGCAAAUGGAUCUAUUAUCAAUACGGAACCCAGACGUCCCUCAUACACCCUGAACACUCAAUCUAGCUAUUCCUCGCGAGGUUCGACGAAUGAGCGGCUCAGCCCUCUGGCUCCGAAUCAGUCUAUUCCUGCCCCACCAUUGGUAUCCCUCACACCAGCUCAGUCUGAGCUCCUAGUCCAUAAUGCAGAGUACGACAGACCACCUUCACGAGGAAUGUUCUACUCUCCCGUUUAUGACUCUACCGAUGGCGGGGUAUUUGGAACUACUAUCCCGGGCUUUCCAAUACAGGAUGAUGCACGAAGUGUCAAGACCUCGGCUAGCUUGCAUAGGUCAGGUUCAGUGUCAAAGGUUAUCCGUCGGAUACGGGGCGAAGGUCUAUCGCGGGAUUAUUGGAUGGAUGACGAAAACUGUAAGGAGUGUUACGACUGCAAGAGCGUAUUUACGGCCUGGCGUAGAAAGCACCAUUGUCGUAUAUGCGGACAAAUAUUCUGUUCCCGCUGCGCCUCCAAUAUUAUCAAGGGCUCACGAUUUGGACACGAUGGGAUGGUUCGCGUAUGCAAUCUGUGCUUAGAGAAGCUUGCGAAGGUCGAUGACGACGAUAGACGUUCCGUAGUGUCGUCUGUUAUGUCAUUCCCGGCGCAUCAAGUCGGUGAGACUAUAACCCUUGCCCACCAUCCCCAGUCACCCUUUGCCGCUUCUCAAUUAUUUGGGCGUACCGAUGAGCCCUUUAAUCUUUAUUCCAUUGCGGAGACAAAGAGACGCAUCUCGGGCUCUGACGAGAGUGCGUUUGGUUCUCGACCGAUUACACCGCAGCUUCGAGAGCGCGACGAUGGCAUGUGGGAAUCUCCUGAGGAGACCUCCGCGCCGUUCCGCAGAGGAUUGUCUGAUGAGGAGUCGGAGCAUGAUGUUUUUGAAUCUACUGGUUUUCCCACGUUUCAGUCUCAGACGCCAAUCGAGUUUCCUACGAUGCCCGAUGCAGAGUCCUUGACUAGCUCGAUACAGUUUCCGAUGGGGUCUCCAGAACAUGGUGGUCAGGAUAGUCCGUGGCCAGUAAGCAGGAUGAGGUCGCGAUUAAACUCAUUGACCGCAUCGACACCUUUCAUUCGCAGUCGAGUCCAGAGUAGAUUGGACAGCGUCGGGACUGGCGAGCCUGGCUGGCGUGCUCGAAGGGAGAGCACUGCAUAUGCACAAGAGCUCAACUUAACCUCGAUGCACCACCUAAGAAUCAUGCUCCGGCAAAUGCUUUCCAGCGAGCAGGUUCCCAACAUGAAAGAAUGGGAGGAGACGCUACUCAAACUAGCUCUCCGAAUCGCACGUGAUUUGACAUUUACGUCUCUUCCUCACCGACAGGGUCAAGAUAUGGACGUGAGGCGGUACGUCAAGAUCAAAAAGAUCCCUGGAGGCACCCCACAGGACUCUGAAUAUGUUGAUGGUGCUGUCAUAACCAAAAACGUUGCACACAAACAUAUGUUGCGGUCGCAACGCAAUCCUCGCGUGAUGCUCGUAACGUUUCCUUUGGAAUUUUCACGGAUCGAAGGUCAGUACAUGCACUUCGGGCAAAUUGUGCGUCAGGAAAAAGAGUAUCUGGGCAAUCUAGCGACACGGAUCGCGGCGCUUCGACCUCACGUUGUGCUGGUGGAGAAGUCCGUUUCUCGUCUUGCUUUGGAGGCACUUGCGAGGCAUAACAUCGCAGUCGCUCGCGCUGUGAAGCCGUCGGCGAUUCAGUUGGUGGCGCGUAUGACUCAGGGUGAUGUCUUUUCAUCCAUGGAUAAGUUGGCAUUAGAACCCCGUUUGGGUCACUGUUCGCGGUAUCGUAUACAGACAUACGAUCAUCCGCUAAUACCCGGGCGCCGCAAGUCCUACAUGCGAUUUGAAGGAUGCAAUCAUGACAUGGGCUGCACAAUCAUCUUGCGUGGAGAUGAUAUCAGCACUCUCCGACGAAUCAAGAAAGUCACACGCUUUCUCAUUUUCAUAGUCCGGAACUUAAAGUUGGAGACCCAUCUGUGGAAGGAUUCUGUCAUUACACUUCCUCAACUUAACACCGAGACUGUCCCAUCAUCCCCAAGCACUCGCCUUGCACCCUCAAACUAUUCAGUCGCUUCUUUUCUAACUUUUGGUUCGUCCACGUCCACUCCGCGAGGUGCAACACCGACAGUCGGGCUUAGCUUGCCCAGAACAGAAACAAUGGUUGAAGACAAACAUCCUUUUGAAGACGACGAUCUGCCUGAUGAAGACGCAGAACAGCUCAAACUAUCAAGGCGUAUUGACAAGUCGUUGGAGCCUUACACAACGACAUUCAUAUCAGUGUCUGCCACACUUCGUUUCCCCCCUCCUUUUCCCAUACGACGAAUGAAGGAAUUAGACGUUGAAUUAUCUGCUGUGAAAAGGGCUUGGGAAGACGAGGUGAUCCGAUUGGAGGAGAAACGGGAAGUUAAACAUGAGCAAGAGUCGACGUUAACGUCAAGCAGCACGUUGACCGCGCCUAUCGGUAAUAAUGAAGAGACCGAACAGGACGAUAUUAAAGCACAAAUUGAAGCGCUUCCCACAAUUCCUCUGACCAUGACUCCCAGCGUGCUCACACCUAUGUCUCCUUCCAAAGACCAGGACGGUUACUUUCCUAAUGUUUCAACCUUCGCCUCAGCCGCUGCCAAUCUUGUGGAAGAGCCAAUGGAAGCGCUGAAGACCCCAACUGACAUUGCCUUGGAAAGCCAAUAUAGUUUGGUAAAGUGCAAACAUGAAGAGCAUCGGCGCAUAUGGGAGUGGUACUUGCGGAAGAAUUACGAUGACUUUGUCGUCGAGAAGUAUCAGUGCAUCAGGUUGUUGGAGUAUAUUGUCCCCAUUGCCGAUUUCGGCUUUCAUCGUGCUUGCUUUGCUCCCAAAUUCAGUUAUGUCACAUUCUACGGAGAGAACGAUUGCACACUGGGCCAGUAUGUCGAGGAAUCAGUCACGGAGACGCUCGUUCAGUUCUUAGAUCCCAAAGCGAUAUGCACGGGCAAAGGAUGUGACCAGCCUUUGGCCCGCCACUGUAAAGUCUUUGUUCACAACGAGACCAAGGUAUUUGUUGCUGUUGAACAAUGGGAUGGACAAAUCAUCGGACGGUCGAAUUUCUCGCCUGCCCCGGAGCUCAUAACAACAUGGAGUGCAUGUCGAAUCUGUGGAGCUGCCACUCCCUUCAUACCGGUCUCGGAGGAAAUGCAAAGAUACUCCUUUGCCAAGUUUCUAGAACUUCAUUUCUAUCCUACGGAUGUGAAGUUGGUUCAAGGUGCGGGGUGUCAGCACAACAUAUAUCAGCACCAUGUUCGCUACUUUGCGUGCAAGGGCAUGACUGUACGCUUCCAGGCCGAUCCAGUUACCCUGCAUGAAGUCGUAUACCCUCCCUUCCGCAUUCGUGUCCGACCGGAGACACAGCUUGAGAUAAAGAACAGCGACUUCAAUCGUUUGCACCAUCGUAACUUGUUUUGGUACACAGGCUUGAUAGAUGAUCUCAAACUUAUCAGUAUCGAUGCUGCCACCGGAGACGAGGAUGGUGACGCCAAACUUUUGGCAGAUAUCAACAUGUUGAUCGCCAGGGCAGAGACGGAAAGAGGGGAUAUUAGCAGGCUAAUCAACCACGUAUAUAGAGAGUCAGCGCCUACAGAUACUCUUGCACUCAACCAAGUGCGUUCGUACCGACAGGACAAGAUUGUCGCUUGGCAGCAAGACUUUGAUCGUCUUCCCAAGCCAAGGCCCCCGCCUGCUACGGAUAGGUCUAACCGCAGAGCGUCGGCUUUCGGGUCUGUUCGUGCAAUGUGGCCAAGGCGGUACGAGUUGUCCGGAACGUUUGAUCUGCCUCAUCUUCCUUCUUCGAGUGUGUCGGAGGCGGAGGAGGGACCGCUUAAGAUACGGCGAGUUACUGGUGAUUCUCUCACAUCUUCCGCAUCUGAGGCCUCCGAACCCGAGACUGCCGCGGAACUGGUCGAGACAGUAGAUCAGCCAUGCACAGACGCUCAGCAUAACCAGGACACUUUUCCGAUGGACACUACAUGUACUGUUCCUCGAGCUUCUGAAGACAAGCACAAGUCCGAUCCCGAUUCUGACUCUACCAUUGGUGCAGCAAGAGAUGAUGCCAUUUCUCCUGAAUCUUCCAUACCUCAAGCGGGAGAGUCUCGUGCACAACGCAUGUCAAGACUACCUCGGCGACCAGCCCGCCAUCCCAGUGUUGCAGAGUUGGUCAAGAAAUAUCAAGAUUACCUGCCACCUCAGGGCAUACAGGACUUGACAAAAACUGCACUUGCACCUCGCAUCGUUGUUUCCGAAAGUGAUCAAGAGUAUACUGUCCCUGUUGUCCCUCGUAGCGUCACUCGUGCAAAAAGUAGACAUCGCCCGCUUGCAAAGAAACCCUCUACGUCUGACUUUGAACAGAGCUAUGCAGCAAAUAUUGCGCCCCGUUAUCUUACUCACACAAGAAGGUCGCUUGGUCAAGGGUUUCAAGGCACUCGCAUACCCGGACCGGUUUAUCAGGAGUCUCGUGAUUCUUCCCGACGACCUUCACCGGAAAAACGUUCUGUAAGCGGUAGAGGCAAGGAACUGAAGCUGCACCGUCCCUCGUCACCUUCUAACCUCAAAGUACUAUCACCUGCAUCUCUCGGACUGAAAAGCGGGCGGUCAAGACUAUUAAACCGGUCGAAAGAUAAGACUCCAGUACGAUCGGCACCAAGCACUGGGACCAAGUCCACGUUUCGUAGACCGGUGGGGACUCCGGGAGGAAAGGUUUCCAACAUUGCUAAGCAUUUUGAGCGUUUGGGUCGUGAUGCUGAGCGCUCAAAAAGCCGUUACAAUGUUAUUCGAGGACGGCGUGCUCGGCCUGUUGGUUCGGCACGGGCCCGUGUCGAGGUACUGGACAGUGUGAAAGACGCUAUUAAUGACGAGUCUGAAAGUUCAGAUUCCAGUAGUGAAGCUGAUGACGAAGGGGACGGCAAUGAAGAACCGUCUGUUGCGGAGCUCAUAAACCAAACCGAAACACCCGGCGAUGAAUCACCCAGGGAAAUCGUAGCCCUUCAGACUGCGCCUCUAGCCUCCACUGCUUUCCCCGCUGAUUCAUCAGAUACUAGCGGGAAAAGUCUGGAUGACCAAACGAAACAUGCUCCUCCAGGGCCUAUUUCCCUUCCACCUUCACCGUUCUUGUCAUCAGCGAAAAUGGACCACAAUAUGUCGUUGACUCCGCCACAGUCAGACAUUGAAAUGGGAGCAGGUACAGAGCGCAAUUCCAUUCUCAAAGCAUUGUCAGGAUUUUGGCUUCAGCCUCCGCCGGCAUCUCGUAGUGCUUUUGAGGGGGACGAUCCUAUGAGUGAUCCAGAGCACAUAUUUCGGGAUUCUUCCAUGGUUGUCCGCACUGAUGAGCCGACGUCUAUCAUUGCGUUAGCCUUGAACUCACCUCAAUAUCGUGAAAUGCUUACCAAAUCGCGUGUUGAGAAGCGUACAGCUCGCGAGCCUCGUUUGACGGACGGCGAAGCUUUUAUGCCUGAUGAUCAUUCCGUUGCCGAGUCGACUUCAACGUGGGGUGUUGUUAAUGUGGACGCCUCCGAAUUGGCCGAUCCUACCGAAGACCUCAAAGUACCCUCAUCUAAACUACCUUGGGCAAUUUCUUUCGAGAGUGGUGGCUUGACCAUCAGCUGCACUAUGCUUUAUCCGGAACAAUUUGACGCUCUGCGUCGUACAUACGACUGUGAAAGGAGCAUGGUUGAGUCAUUAGCACGAUGUGUCAAGUGGGAUGCCAGUGGCGGAAAAUCGGGAUCAGCAUUCCUGAAAACUCGAGAUGAUCGGUUUAUUGCAAAAGAACUGUCUAGACCUGAGUUACAAACUAUGGAAACGUUCGCACCUGCUUACUUCGACUACAUGUCUUCUGCUGUAUCCGCUGAUCGUCCGACCCUUCUCGCCAAAGUCUUUGGCUGUUAUAAGCUUACUUUCAGGAAGACCAAUGAUAAAGGUCCUGGGAAAAUCAAGUCAACGCAAAUGAACCUCCUGGUGAUGGAAAAUUUGUUUUAUGACCGUCGAUUCUCAAAGAUAUAUGAUCUGAAAGGCUCCACUCGAAAUCGUCACGUCCAGUCCACCGGUAGAGAAAACGAAGUCCUUCUUGAUGAGAAUUUAGUUCAAACUGCUCAUUUGACCCCAUUUUAUCUGCGCGAGCAUUCAAAGAGAAUUCUGCGGGGCGCUCUCUACAAUGAUAGCAAAUUCUUAGCCGACAUCAACGUCAUGGAUUAUUCUUUAGUGUGCGGUGUUGACAGUCAGAACAACGAACUAGUCGUAGGCAUAGUCGAUUAUAUUCGAACCUAUACUUGGGACAAGAAGCUAGAAAGUUGGGUUAAGGAAUCGGCCUUUCUUGGCGGAGCAGGUCGGGGCGAACCUACCAUCGUUACUCCUAAACAGUAUCGACAGCGAUUCAUCGGCGCGAUGGAUCGUUACUUUCCUCUGAUUCCUGAUCGUUGGAUGAAGCAAAAUGACACUCCAGAGGAGGAUUGCAAUAACAGCUUGGUAGAGCUGUGGCCUGACUGGUAAAAAUGAUACCUAAUGUAUUUCCUUCCUCUGAACGCUAUACCUUUGAUCAUUGAUACCCUCUGACCUCAACUUAGAUGUAGGCCAUUCAUCUGCGUUUCUAUAGUUUCAAUGUAUGUGAAUGGUGCAAUUGAUCUAAAUCAGCUCUAGCAUGCCAGACAGUACGAUACACAUAAUCCUGUAAUAAUACAAUCUAACUGAGCUUAGUUUUCUU